UGAGUAGGAGAUGAGGAGGAUUAGGAGAGAAAGGGUUAGAAGCCGGAGAGUGGAGUGAGAAAGGAACCCAGGCUGGCCCCGGGAUGAGGUUGGGAAGCCCGGGGCUGGGAAGAGGGAUCCGGGGUCAGGGCUAAGGAGCAGGGGUCUGGAAGAGGCAAGGCUUGGCAGGUGGGAGGUGUUGGGGUGAGGGGUGCCAGGGCCAGAAGAGUUGCAAGUGGAAGACAAGGAAGGAGCAGAGCCGGGGUAGUAGUUGGGAGUGGAGGAGAGAGAGUGAUUAAGAGCCAGACGUGACAAGGGUGUGAACUAGUGCAGAGCUGGGGAUGAGCUGAAGGGCUGGGAGCCGCUGGGGUGAGAUCGACAAGGUGUGGGUCAGUAGCUGGUGAGGGGUGUAAAUUCUGUAAAGUGAGGGAGACAGGAGACCUGGAUCACAACCAGGGGGAAUCAAGAAUCGGAGCGUUAGUGGAAGGGCUAACGAGAAGCGAGCUGAAAGCUGGGCGUUAAUAGGACAGUUCUGGGAGAAAAAGAAACAACACUGAAAGGACGCUAGAAGCGGGGUGGAAGGAAUGAUGGUGAGCUGGGACGGGGAAACUGGGGGAUUGUUUGUUGAAGAGGUUCAGCAAGGUAAAGAUAGUGGAGUCAAAAGAUUGGCCGAAAGGCAACCCGAGGAGAUGAGCAACGAAGAGAUGGGCCCUGGGAAUUAAAGGAUGGAAUGGGGAGUGGGGAAAGAGAAAGGAGAUUAAGGCAAGCUAGGGAAGUCCCAAUGGGUAUAGAACUGGGGUGGGCUGUACAGGAGUGGGAAACGAAUGUUUUGCCCUGAAGUGCCCCAGAAGGUCUGGAAGGGGCAGGGCACAAACGCUGUAGUGAAGGAUCUGAAGUAGAGAGCCUUUGGUGCAGAAGAUAAGGAACCAUGGUAACAGAGAAGAGGAAACCCAGCCAGUGAUUAUGUGAGAAUAUGGAAGACGAUGGGAGCAGCUUGUCUAAUGGAUUAAGACAGUGGCGACUGCGCUAAAACAUGGAUAGAUGCAAACAUGUAGGGCGGUUACGGCUCGCCCAGGACCACUCCAUCCUGAAUCCCCAGAAGUGGUGCUGCCUGCAGUGCGCCACCACCGAGUCUGCGUGGGCCUGCCUCAAGUGCUCCCACGUGGCCUGCGGCCGCUACAUUGAAGACCAUGCACUAAAACACUUUGAAGAGACGGGACACCCGCUGGCCAUGGAGGUCCGGGACCUCUACGUGUUCUGCUACCUGUGCAAGGACUAUGUGCUCAAUGACAACCCGGAGGGGGACCUGAAGUUGCUGAGAAGCUCCCUCCUGGCAGUUCGAGGCCAGAAGCAGGACCUGCUCGCGAGGCGUGGGCGGACGUUGCGGUCCACAGCUGCGGGCGAGGACGUGGUCCCGCCACAGCGCACUCCUCAGGGACAGCCGCAGAUGCUCACCGCUCUGUGGUACCGGCGCCAGCGCCUGCUGGCCAAGACGCUGCGGCUCUGGUUCGAGAAGAGCUCCCGCGGCCGCGCGCAGCUGGAGCAGCGGCGGCAGGAGGAGGCGCUGGAGCGCAAGAAGGAGGCGGCGCGGCAGCGGCGCCGCGAGGUCAAGCGGCGGCUGCUGGAGGAGCUGGCCAGUGCGCCGCCGCGGAAGAGUGCGCGCCUACUCCUGCACGCUCCCGGGCCCGUGGCCGUGCGCCCUGCCACCCUCGCUACCUCCAGGCGCUUGUCCGCAGCUGCCCUCAAUCCGCGCCGCCAGCCUGCGGUGGCCCCAGGUGUCACCGGCCUGCGCAACCUGGGGAACACCUGCUACAUGAACUCCAUCCUCCAAGUGCUCAGCCACCUCCAGAAGUUCCGGGAGUGUUUCCUGAACCUCGACCCUUCCACCUCCGAGCACCUGUUUCCCCAAGCAACCAACGGGAAGGCGCAGCUCUCUGGUAGGCCAGCCAGCAGCUCUGCCGCAGAGUUGUCAGUAAGGAGUGUCCGGGCCCAGGGCUACGAACCUCAGGGCCUCUGCUGGAGCAGCGGAGCCUCCAUCAGCAGGAGCCUGGAGCUCAUUCAGAACAAGGAACCCAGCUCAAAGCACAUUUCCCUCUGCCACGAACUGCACACCCUCUUCCGAGUCAUGUGGUCUGGGAAGUGGGCGCUGGUAUCACCCUUUGCCAUGCUUCACUCCGUGUGGAGCCUGAUUCCAGCCUUCCGUGGCUACGACCAGCAGGAUGCGCAGGAAUUUCUCUGCGAACUGCUGCACAAGGUGCAGCAGGAACUUGAGUCUGAGGGUUCCACACGCAGGAUCCUCAUCCCAUUCUCCCAGAGGAAGCUCACCAAACAGGUCUUAAAGGUGGUGAACACCAUAUUUCAUGGGCAGCUGCUCAGUCAGGUCACAUGUGUAUCAUGCAAUUAUAAAUCCAAUACCAUUGAGCCCUUUUGGGAUCUGUCUCUGGAAUUCCCUGAACGAUACCACUGCAUAGAAAAGGGGUUUGUCCCUUUGAAUCAGACAGAGUGCCUGCUCACUGAGAUGCUAGCCAAGUUCACCGAGACAGAGGCCCUGGAGGGGAGAAUCUACGCUUGUGACCAGUGUAACAGCAAACGACGAAAGUCCAACCCCAAACCCCUUGUUCUGAGUGAAGCUAGGAAGCAGUUAAUGAUCUACAGACUACCUCAGGUCCUCCGGCUACACCUUAAAAGAUUCAGGUGGUCUGGCCGUAACCAUCGUGAGAAGAUUGGGGUCCAUGUCAUCUUUGACCAGUGGUCAUGCAUCACGGGAAAGGGUUUGGCUCAGGACACUACACAGCCUAUUGCUACAACACAGAGGGAGGUUUUUGGGUCCACUGCAAUGACUCAAAGCUGGAUGUAUGCAGUGUCGAGGAAGUGUGCAAAACCCAGGCCUACAUUCUUUUUUACACUCGAAGAACAGUUCAGGGCAGCGCAAAACUCUCAGAACCCCAUCUCCAAGCUCAGGUGCACUCCAGCAGGAAGGACGAACGCAGAACAUACACAUUGCCCUGACUGGGAGGCAAGCAUCAAAACGGCCUCCAGGUCUCCUCUUGGGCUUGCCAGUAACAGAUCCCUGGGUUUGCCUCACUGGUCUAGGGGAGACAAUGCCCUAUGAUCCCUGCUCUGUCAAAAAAUUGGUAGUCACUUUCUUGUGAAACCAUGCAAAUCCCCUCCUUUCAUAAAAACACUAUAAAGGAGCAGCUUCUAUGAAGAUUCUUUUGUCAGUUGCUUCUGGAUAACAGGGAUCUGGGUAGAGGAGACAGGGUAAGUCAUCAGCCAACCAGGAGAGCAAGUAUGUCUGUCUCUGUUGUGAGUCCCCUACUAAUGAGGCCCUUCCCAAAGCACUGCACAGAGUACAUGAGGCCCUGGGCUGACAGCUGGCGGGAAAGACUGGUUCCGACUCAGGUGAAGUCACAGGAGUUACUCACACUAAGAAGGUAAUAUACCAUCCAGGGGCAGAGCUUGCAGACUUUCUCUUUUAGGAGAGAGCAGCUGAAGGGUGAGGGGCAAGGAGCAGACUUCCUCCAUGUCAAUGGGAAGGCUGUCUGUCAUGGCUCAGCUUCUCCUGAACUGCUGUCACCUCGUCACUCCACACAGCGAGGCCGAGGCUUGAGCCACUCCUUCCUUCAGAAGAGGCAGUCAGAAGGACACAGACCUGUGUGUGCAUGGUCUACGCGUGUUAUGCCGUGGACACUCCUGACUUCCCCAAUCCUGUAGCAAGGCCUGGGCUCAAAGUCAUGGUUUGGUUUAGAUUGGUUUUUGGAUCAGUUGUCAGAAGCCUUCUCAGAAUGCAGUGAAGAUGAGCUGAGCUUGUCUGAAUGCCUGCUGUCCCUAAGGCUGCCCCUAAGGUCCCUCCCACCUGUGUGGCAUGAAGCUUCGUUCCUGCCCCUAGAACAUCAGUGCCCACAGGCUCCGGGAGCUUUUACUGCCCUAGUGUGUGAGCAGUGCUUAGGGACUGACCCUUGCCUGCUGUAUCCCAGUGCUGCUUUGUCCGUGAGGAAUAGAGCAAGACUCGUCUCUUACUCUGGUAUUAGUGAAAACACAUCUCUAAAAUUGACUCCAUCUCUAUGGGAUCCGGGUGCUCAGGGCCUUCCUCCCUCUCAGGCACAGUAAGCUGCUUUCUCUUUGCAGUGGCUACUGCAGUGCCCGCCCCACAGCCUCCACAUGAAUGCUCUCUUUUGGUUAAGUAGCUCAGGCAGAGCAGUUAUCACUCCAUGGGGGGAGGUGACAGAGGCAUGGCCACACUUCAGGCACAUCUGGUAUUUACUGCUGUUCUGCUUUGAGGUGAGCUCUCAGUGGGCCUGCCAGACAUCAGACAUGGAAGAAAUCAGACAGAGUGGCUCAUCCUGAUAGGGACGACAUGCUGGAUUCAAACAACACUGUGAGGUUUCUGUAAUAUUUAGCUUUUCUUUGGAAGCGAUACCGUAAGGCAUUUUUGUGCUGUUUGGUUUUUACUGUCUGGCAGGCUUUUCUGUGAGCUUUGCUCAGGCAGCUCCUCUCGUGGACACUGUUGUAAGGUGUUCCAUUUGGCCACACUGCCUGAGGUUCUGACGUAAAGCUGUACCCCUUCAGGGAGGCCAGCACUUGUUAGGCUGAGGCAGGAGGAUCAUGAGUUUGAAGCUACAUUGUAAGGCCCUGUUUGAAAAACAAAACCAGCAAACUAGUGAAAAGGGAAGACUGGAUUGCACCUCACCUGAAACCCUGUGUAGAGAACUUGCUUGCAGGCAGAGAAUACAGAUCUGCCUGUCUAGAGGGGAAACACAUUAAUCACUGUAAACACCUACAGGAACAUUAAAGGAUUCUUAUCCAACUGUUAAGAAGAGUUUUAUAGCAGCUAUCAGCAGGACUGGUAAGCAGAUUAGGGACUUAAUAAAACAAAUGCUUAACUGACCUGAACACCUACAUAUGAGAUUAGUAAAAUCACUUAGUCAGAAGUGAAACCAACUGUCCCCACUGAGCCACCCACAUGAAGGUGCCACUGCAACCACAGAUGACACCUCAGCUCCAGAAGCAGCAGCUCAGAGUUAGGGGUGUGGUGCUUACGGAGAGCUCAGCUGCAGAAGAGCUGUGCAGGGUAGGGCAGGGCUGCUGCGGUGCCUACGUAGCCAAAGCAGAGUGCUGUGUCAGAUGCAUCACAGUGAAACAUCCUAAAAACAAAGGACAGACAGACCCUGACUAGCUGACUCCAGGACAUACCCCCAGUGCUGCUCUCCCGGCUGCAGUCUCCUCCUGAACCCUGUGAUUGGCUGGUGUGUUUACUUACUGCUGUAACCAGCCAAGAUAAAUACACCCCAGCCCUCAAAAAUGACUUCUUACCUCAGUCUAGCCUGGCCCUCAUGCUUGUGGUCGCCUCUAAGAGCAGCAUCCAUUAUUAGUGCAAAACCAGCAGGGAUACCCUUGGCACCAGGAACUGUAGCUCUCAUCCCAUGGCAGGUAGAGCUCUUGCCAGCUUUAACCCAGCCCCUCUGGCUGAGAUGGGAGGGCAAUGCCACAUAGUGAAGAACUUUUAGAUGUCUCUUAUAACGUCAAGAAUAAGACUGGAAACUGUAGAAGAGUUAAUGUGUCCUAUGGACUCAAUAGCAGAGUUUAUUUUUGUUCACAGUGGCAAGGCCUCUCGAGUCCAUGAUUGUAUGAGGUCCCUGCUCUGGCUAUGCCUUCAGCUCCAUCCACAUUCAGGGGAAGAACCAAUGAGGUGGACUGGCCGGCAGUGCCCGAGUAAGCCGAGAGGUCCAUGGUGAAGAAGGAAAACUUGGGGGACGGGGGGUGGGAGGAUAUCUGAUAUUUGUUUUACUGAUAAAGCUUUGUGAACUAAUUUUCUACAAUUCAUAAAAUUUGGUGCCUUGUACUUGAUUGUGGUUUGCAUGAGAGUUAAGGGGAGGGCUCCUUUUCGUUAUGUCAAGUGGCCGAUGGGUCUGUAGUGUUUAAAGGAUACAUGCUAUCAGAUUUUUAGAGCAUUCCUUUCUUUGUCUUAUUACGAAUGUAAAUUGUUCUUACCAGCAAGUUCUAGAGUUUUAAUGUCCAAACUGUAUUUGUAAUCAAUCAUUCAUCAAAUGUCUGACUACUACCACUGUUGUUCACUGCCUUUUGUUCAUGCUGAACAUUGAUGCUGGCCUUUUCUGGAGGGUGACCCUUUCUUGAAUGUCUAUCACAUCCUAUGUGGGGUUGCAGUUUAUGUGAGCAAGGGUUUCCGGUUAGUUGGGAGAGCACAAAUGAUGAGAAAAGGCUUUCUCUAAAUCACGAUGGAGCUAGGUGACCAAGGGCAGUAGAGUCUGCGUGAACCAUCAGGAAGCAGUGUCACAGCAAUGCCCACAUGUGAACCUUCAGACUGUAAGACAAGCCACUGUGUACUAUGCAGUGAAUCAUGGAGAAAUGACCCGUCUCCACCAUCCUCAACACUUCCCGAGCAGAUGACAACCUGGACAGCGCUGACUGGCUGAGGAAGGUAGUGAGAUUCAAGUGUGUUCCGUCAGGGCCAGUCCCAGCCAGUUCUUUCACUCCAAGCUUGAAGUUUCUAUUAAACUUGUGAAACUUCACCAAGUGUUCAUGAAUUUACCAUGCAAAGCAUACGCGGUAACUGGGUCCCUCAGCUUCGUUCCUAGAGUAAUUAGAUGAAGAGUUUUAUCUUUGGGGUGAAAUUUUCUAGGGUCACUUGAUUUUUGUCAGCUAAAUGUGGGUCUUUUUUGUCAAUACUAAAACUGAAAAGCACCUUCUCAGAACUGUGAGCCUCGCCUCCCUUCUACAUUCCUCUCUGCUCUCCAUCCAGGUCUGUCACUGUAACUAUGAUGUACCUGUCAACCCGUGCUCCACUCUAACUACACCAAGGCUCAGUAGCUAUGAAUCCAGGCAGGUCACUUUGUGAGACCUGCCCAUGCUUAAGUUGGCAUCUUUCACUUAAAAAUACAACUAGCAGCUCGGGAAAUGGCUCAUUGCUAGAGCACUUAGCACUUGAGGCCCUGGGUUUCACCCAGCUCCACUAAGCCAGCUUAAAUGAAGCUGCCCAGCCAGCACUAUGGCUUCAAAGAACAACAGUAGAGUUACUUGGAAUUAAACCUUAGAUUCUCAAUGAAACUUCAAUUAAGCUCUGAAAGCUGUCAUGUCUUAAGUUUUUGUCUCAUCUGGCUUUUAACUUAAAUCUUGUCAUUAACUGCUCAAUUAUGGGAUCAUAGCACACUUUAAGGUUUUAUUCCUCCAGAAAUCAGGUUGCUCUUUCCUAGUGUAGCCAAAGUCGUGUGGGUUCUAAGUCUAACACACUGCUCUCAAGGCUGCUUCCAGGUCACCUUUUGGGGCUCUGCAAGUAAUGGCUUCAAACCGAAGCUUUGUCCUCGAGUUCAUACUCAUGACCCUGGCUCCCC